AUGAGCCGGACAUUUAACAACAAGAAGAAAAUGGAGGGGAGACAGAGAAAGCUUGAAGCUGAAAUGGAAAAGAAAAGAAAGGAAGAAGAGGAAAGGGAAAAGGAACUAGAAAAGUAUUGGCAGAUCGGAGCAAAAGCUCCAGGAAGAAAGGAAAGAGAAGAAGAAAAGAAGAUGUGUAAGGAAAAGAAGAAAAAAGAACUCAAAGAGCUGUAUGAAAAGGAAAUGGAGAGUCUGUGA